AUGGCUCCUGUUCAACGUCCCGAUAACAUUGCCACCAUGAUCAAUGGUGUUGAACGCUACAACCCCGAGAAUAUCAACGUUCUUGAAGAAUACUUGUCAAAGCAAUGUGAAUCUGGUGAAUACGAUUUGGAGGCCAACUUGGCUAUCCUCAAGCUCUACCAAUUCAACCCUGCUUUAGCAAAGGAGCCUGUUAUUGUAAAGAUCCUUGUCAAGGCUUUGACUGCUAUCCCUGCUCCUGAUUUCAAUCUUUGCCUCUAUCUCUUGGCCGAACACUCUCAUCUCGAGUCUAUUGAAAAGUUGACUGAAUUACAACAACUCUUGGAACAAGCUCGUUAUGCCAAGUUUUGGCAAUCCGAUCUCAAGCCAUGGACAGCCGUUGUCCCCAAUUUUGAGACAGAGAUUCGUCUUGUCAUUGCUCGUGUUAUGGCCAUGUCCUAUCAAACCAUCAAUGCUGCUUCAUUGGCUGCUAACCUCGGCUUGACUGGCGACGCGUUUGACAAGUUUUGUCAAGGUCAACAAUGGCAAAAGUCUGGUGAUUUGGUUCAAAUCCCUAUCAACAAGGAUAAUGAAGCCAAGACUGUUGUUAUUAGAGAGAACAUCAAGUUUGAACAAUUGACAAAGGUCAUUGGUUAUUCCAACGAAAUGUAG